CACUCUUUUAUUCGUAUAACGCGAUACUUUUAGCUUGUUUUGCACCCAACCUGACUUUCUCUCAAUUUUCUCUCUAUAAAUGUCCACUGCCCGACCAAUUUGUUCUUAGUCUGCACCAAGGUUUGGCAAGAGUGUCUGCUCUGCAGUGUAUUUUGUGUCUCGUAAAGGGAAGCUUUGUUCUGAACAAAUUGUUCAUCGUAUUAGAAAUUUAUAGCGUAGCAAAUGUGAUCAUUCCUUUUUCGUAUGUACCUACACCGUCCAGUGUGACUGAGACGCAGAACGCCUUCGCCCCCAAGAAUAAGACCACCAGUACCAACUACAAGAAAAGUACUUCCCAACUCUAUUCAGCUAGCAGAAACAACGGAUCAGUAGAAGCCCAUUCCCAGUCCCGUGGAUCAUCAAAAAUUUUUGCAGGAGUGACGAGAUUUAGAGCUGACCCGAGCUAUGACUCUAAUCUUGGGGAUGUGGCUGAAUUGGGCCGUGACAAUGGAGUCCCUUCUACCCUGAUUAGACAGAGUUCCCUAGCAAAUUUUCCAAGAAAUAGCAGCAGAAAACUCGUUCCUGUCCCCUCUGCUCAUCAAAGUCAAAAAAUAAUACACGUCGGUGGACGAUCUACUACUUUAUCUUACGCACCCAUGAGAGGAAUGGUUUCCCAAAGUCAAAAUCAGUUGUCCCUGAUGGAGCAGAAAAAACGGCAGUGGGCUCAAGAAAGGGAAGAGUUGUCCGGCCUGUGGAGUCCUUGGGGAAAGGGCAAACAAAACCAUCCCUCUGACAGUAGAGACGUACUUUCUUCAUCCUUGCCACGAGACGCGACGAAACAAAAUCUUGCCCUCUACUCCUCCAGUGACCACUACCUUCCCCCCAUAAAUGACAACGGUAGUCAUGCCCAGCAAAACCUUCGCCUUGCCCAGCGAUCCCACUCUCUAGUUCCACGAAACGAUGCGAAUCGGGAUUUUCCUGAACGGAAGGGGAGCUUGCAGGAUGGGGGUCAGAGGACGGUUCAACUACUGCAACCCUACGAGCGAAGGACUACGUUUCACAAGGAGGGCAACGCAGAGUGGAUGGUCAUUCAUAAUUCCGAACAGAACGGAAUUGGUAACGAGGGGGGCACUGGCACAUCAAUAACUCCAACCGGAGAUACGGACCGCACGGCCGUGGUGAGUCCUCGAGUCAUAAUCCACAAAAUCGUGCAAGAGAGGACAUCCCACUCGCGAAUGGGUGUAUUUGGUGAUGCGCAUGCAUUCUCAGACCUGCCAGCGCAACAAAUAUCUUCUCAGUCUUACGAGAGAAUGAUGGGAGCACACGGCAGUGGGGAUUACGAGAGAGGUAAUGUCGUAAGUGGCAUGAGUAAACCACCCCCAGUUGCAAUGCGUUCAUCUCUCACCAUCGGACUCCCAUCCCCCCGCUCAAGAUUCGGGGGCAGUUUCGAGGACAUUGGAAAAAAAGAAAAAGAGCAAUGGCUCCACGAACUAGAAAAACAAAGAGAAGAACAGCGACUCCGAAAACUGAUGGAGAAAGACGAGAAACGUGCGAGAUGGGGAGACAGAGGGGUUGGCGUUGGUCAUUUCUGGGAGCCCUCUGACUCGUCCCGAGCCAGGCUGCCUUCCAGGGAGCAUGACGCACGACUUGGGUCAAGCAGUGGGACUGAUGGCGUGGCAUCACCGCCGGGUUGGGCGAAACGAAGUUUAGAAAUGCAAAACAGCCGCUCCCAACCAAACCUUUAUAGUGGAGGAACCAUUCCAUCUCAUCCAAGUGCUAUUGCAGAAACCAGUUUCGGACUUAGUCAGGGCCACAUUGCCAACUUUAACAGGAGUUCGAUUGAACUCAGUAGUAGCCGUAGUCCAUUUCCGCCAGUGGAUCAGAUGGCUGACAGCAACCGUAAUUAUGGCGAUGACGACGAAUCGCAAAGAACUUUCCGUGGGCAGAACGUUCCUGUUGUCCCAAUUGAAAUGAUGGAGAAGGAGAGGAAAGCCAAAGCUCGUCAAGAGUAUUUAGAGGACGUCAAGAAACAAAUCGAGGACAAUAAGCGUCGCCAAAAAGAGGAAAAAGAAAGACAGCAACGAGAAGACAGAGAACAUGAGAUUCGAAUGGAACAACAAAGAGAAUUGGAAUUACAACGUUUGGAAAUGGAGAAACGAAAAAAGAAUAUAAAUGGUUUACCCUCUGAAUCAAACACGCAACAACAAGACGGAGAAGAACCAUCAGAAAUCCAGAUUUAUGAGGGACGUGCAUCUAUUACUGAGCCCAAAUUACGUGAAUCUCCUUUAAUUCCGAAUAAUCGUUUUGUGCCUGAACCGGACGCGUAUGAAAUGGCAAUUGCACGAAGGCAAGCGCAAACCUUGGCCGGAUCACAAUCCCAAUCUACAGAAAAAUCAGAAGCGUCUCUCUCGUCUGAGGCAGAACCAGCGUCAACUUUUUUUGACAAUAACUUUGCCAACCAACGGUCUACAACGAGUACUACUCCUCCUACUGUUCCUGAAUUCAACAAUGGAAAUGGUUCUGGAUUACGAACAAAUGAUCAAUGUUUAAUGACUGACUCGGACCACAUUUACCAACGCGUUUUAACUCCCACGACGCAGAGAUAUAGGAGUCAAAGUAUGGAAACUUCUAGAUCACGAGAGUUUGGGACACAGACUGAAGUGUCUGACCUUACAACAACAGAUGCCGAAACAGAUCGAGAGAUAGGAACCCAUAAUAAAAACAGCGAGCUGUCCAAAAGAUCCAGAUCAAUUUCUAACUUGGAAAGUAAAGAAGAAAAGCCAAGAUGGGGAUCCAACCCAGAGAAGAAGGUAUAUAUAAAGCAGUCGGAGAAAGAUCCCAACUACCAAAAGAUAUUGCGACGACGGCAGCUGAUGCACGGGUGUUCCACAAGCACCCGAGAAACUGAGAGUGAAAGUAUACCGUUCCACCGUGUGCAGAACAGAGCAGCAAAGACCAGAGAAAAGCAGGAUCGACUUGCUAAAAGCAAAAGUCCGUUGAAAUCAAUGUCAUCAAAGAACUACCUUGUUCAUGGUCACAGUCAAAGCCUUAGCCAAAGCCAUGUGUCUGCCCACUUGAAAACAGACAAAGAACUCAGUUCGGAUAGCAACUCAAAGUUGAACGGAAAUCAUCGAGUUACUAAAACCAAGAGUCGUAGUCCACCAAAAAUUGGGAGGAAUAACACCUUUGACACCAAACAGCGCACGAGGGUUAGUCCACGAUUUUCUGGUAGCGAUUCUUCCCACCAUAAUGUUGCCCAAAAGCAUCUCGGGAGCAUUUCAUCCAUUGGUGAUGGUCUGAAUUCCGUUGGUGGCAGUGAAGAAAGUGGUACUGGAAGUGGAUUCACUUCCCCAUCUCCUAUGAUGCCAGUCAUGCGGAAAACUCGUCAAAACUGUUCAACUGGCGAGUCUAACAUUACGUCUCUGCCUUCAUCUGCAUCAAAUUCGGAUUAUGUUCCAAUGUACAGUUCGGAAUUCAAAACUCAGAGAGAAUUUGAUGAAAUUCCAAUUGGUGGGAUUAAGUCAAACCCAUAUAUUCAGACAGCAUUGGCAGGGAACAAUAAAACUUUACUUGAAAAAGCUUCAAAGGCUUCGGUGAAACUUAGGCAGAAACCCAGUUCAACAACCUUGAAGUCAAAAUCUAAGGAAAAAGCCAAUUCCACUCUUCAGCACGACAAAAGAAGUAUUGAUGAAAGAGAGGAAAUCAAUAAAAAUGUCGAGUAUCACCAUCAAAGACUAUUUUCUCCUCCUGUGCCUGCACUUGCGAAUAAAAUGGAGCUGGGUCUGCGACCGGAUGAGAGUGGGCGUUUGUCCAGCCUUCCCCCUGAGCUUCUUUUACCCACGCCAACAAUUUCUUUGGGAGCAAUGGUUUCAAACUACAUCCCGCCAUUACCUUCAUCAGAUUUAGAAUCAUUUAGCAGCAUUACUGACGGGAGCAGAAUCUCUAGCGCCGAAGCUAAAGUGGACAUUGAUAUCGCCAUCACUCACGCAUCUAACCCAGAUUUUCAGAUACUUUUACGCAAGAUGGAGCAAUCUGCAGCCCUUACGACGGCAAGAAGUGAUUUGAGCCAUCAUGGUCUUCUUAGUGCUAGGGAAAAUUCCCACGCCACGAGGACAGAAAUAAUUUCCGGGAGAAGUGAAGUAUCGAGACCGGUAACGAAUGCUACCGAUUUCUCUCUUCAAGGACAGGAAGACUUUAUACACGAUCUCAUGAGCCACAAGGAGGUUCAGCAACAGCUUUCUGCCAGAGAAGGCGAGCUAUCAGAGAAAGGAAUAAUCGAAUUCAACAUUCGCCUCCCAUCUAGUUUUGCUCCAAAUGCUCUCACAUCAGGGAAAAGUCGCAAAACAUCCAAGAGUCCAAGUAAUCAGGAUUAUGUAGAGGAUUAUGAUUUGCAGGAGCAACAGCCAGUAUAUCGAGAUCCGCUUCUUUCACGGUCGGACAGAAGGAAAGCAACAGCUCAGUGGCUCCACGGUUUAGAAAGUCCUCGACAAAAAGAUGCUUUUAUCACGACGCUGUCCUCUCUAAAACAGGGCAUCAAUGUGCAGCAUAAAUUAGUACACAUUAAUUCAGAUAUUUAUCAGUAAUAAUAGUCGAUAUGCAAUAAAUACUAUGUAUGUAACUCCUUA